CCAGUCGCAACCCCCGUGCGCCAUUCUCAAUAUUCCCGAACUCUCGAUACAAUCACGCCACAGCCACCAAAGGCCGAGUCAGCUUAGGCAGUCUACGAGGCCGUCAGCUUAUUUUGCACUGAAGAAGGCAGAAUAGAAGCACGCGGAUUUUUUCGAGAGGCGAAAAAUCGCCAGAGCGCGCCGAUGGCGGGCAGGAGGGGGGGUGAGGCGGAAGGGGAGAAGGCGGAGCGGAAGGGCGAGGAAGCGGAGGGGGGGUCGGAUGUUGUGUUUUCGUCGGGUAAAUUCGCUGACCUCGGACUCUGCGAGACGCUCGCAUCGCAUAUCGAAGAGAAGCUCGGGUUCGCAGCACCGACGCACGUGCAGCAGGCCGCCAUUCCGCUCGUCCUCGCUGGCCGAGACCUGCUCAUCCGAGCGGACACGGGGUCGGGGAAGACCCUGCUGUACCUGGCGCCCAUCCUGCACGCGCUGCAGGGCAGGAGGCAGCGAGUGGACCGCAAGCAUGGCACGUAUGCGGUGGUGCUCGCCCCCACGAGGGAGCUGUGUGUGCAGAUAGAGGAGGUGGCGCAGCAGCUGUGCCGGCGCUUCGUGUGGAUCGUGCCGGGGCGGUGCAUCGGGGGGGAGAGCCGCGGCAAGGAGAAGGCGCGCCUCAGGAAGGGGCUGGCCAUUGUGAUUGCGACACCUGGCCGCCUGCUGGACCAUCUGCGCAACACCUGCUCGUUCGGGCUGGCGCACCUGCAGUGGCUCGUCUUGGAUGAGGCGGACAGGCUGUUGGACCUGGGUUUUGAGCGUGACAUCAAGGAGAUCCUCUCUCUGCUGCGCGACAGGCCAAGCCAGGACAGCUUGAUUCAGGGAGGGGGUAUUCAGGGUGCUUCCAGGAAGCUUCAGACACUGUUGCUGUCAGCCACGCUUGGACCGCGGGUGGAGCAGCUAGCUGACGUCAGCCUGGUGUCACCGGUGGCCGUGAGCGUGACAGGUGGCAGCGUGCGAGUGGAGGAGAGGGUGUCUGGGCGGCAGGUGGGAAAGGGAGGGAGGGGGGAGGUGGAGAGAGAGGAGAUGAGGGGAGGGGUGGGUGAGAGAGAAGUGGAGAGGAUGGGGGGGAUUGAGAGAGAGGAAGAGGACGAGGAGGAGGAGGAAGUGGAGGAUGCUGAGAGGUUUGGAGGGGAGGGGGAGGAAGAGGAGGAAGAGGAAGAAGUGGAGGAGGAGGAAGAGGAAGAGGAGCAGGAAGUGGAGGAGGGAGAGGAGGGAGAGGAGGAAGAUGAUAAAGAGGAGGGAGAGGAGGAAGAGGAGUUGGAGGAGGGGGAGGAGGUUGGGGAUGACAACGAGGGCGAUGAUGAUGACGAUCUUCCUCUCUUCAUGCAGGCUCUGCGUGCCGUGAACAAGGCGGGCAGGCAGGAGAGGAAGGAGAGGCGGGAGACGAGGGAGCAGAAAGAGAAGGAGAGGGAGGGUGAAACGGCAGUCUUGGAGAAUGGUAGCAAGGCAGGGAGCCGCAAGGCAGGGGAAAGCAAAGCAGAGGGGAGCGAGGACAAGGUAAAUGAGGAGGUGGCAGCAGGCAAGAAGCAAGCUUCAGGCAGCAAAGGACCAGCAGACGCGGUGGGGCGAGGGUCCUCACAGCAGAGUGCUGGAGAGGGUGUGGAGGAGGGGAGGAGAGGGGAGGAGGAGAGAGGAAGGUGUCAGACGAGGGUUGAGGAGCAGGGGGGGAGGGAGGCACGGCAGGGCGGGUUGCAGGAGGGCCCCAGUGGUGGAGGCGCCUUUGUCUUCCCGGAGCAGCUGAGGCAAUACGUGCUCACAGUCCCGUGCCGCUGUCGCCUAAUCACCCUCAUUGCCUUGCUGCGCUCCAAGCUCGCCACGUCAGCGUCAUCUAAGGUGGUCGUGUUCCUCUCCACGUGUGACUCUGUCGAGUUCCACGCUACCCUCCUCUCCUCCCCGUCCUCCAUCUCUCCUUCAAGCGACGACACAGCGCAACAGCAACUACAGCAGGGCCUGCUGCCAGCGCCCGUGUUCAAGCUGCACGGCAACAUGGAGCAGAAAGACCGCUCCAAGGCCUUCCUGGCCUACCGCAGCGCGCCACGUGGCGUGCUGCUGUGCACUGACGUGGCAGCCCGGGGGCUGGACUUUCCCGCUGUGGAGACCAUUGUGCAGUUCGACUCGCCUGGGGAUGCUGCCGACUAUGUGCACCGUGUGGGUCGCACAGCUCGCAUUGGUCGCCGGGGCGAGGCGGUGCUCUUCCUCCUACCCAACGAGACGGAGUACCUGGACGAGCUGCGCUCCUGCCACGUGGACCUCCUCCCCAUGCCACUCCUCCCGCUCCUCGACUCCCUUGUGCCCGGAGGUUCGGCCGAACCUGCCCGGACCAAUCGUAGGAGGGCGCAUUGGAAGGAGUUGAGUCCAGAAGAGGCUCUGGCCAAUCACAGCGCGGUUGAGACGUGGCAGGAGGAGCUGGAAGCUACGGUGGCGAAUAGACCGGCCUUGAGAGAGCUGGCCACUGGGGCUUUCCGGUCGUUUGUGCGGGCGUACGGCGCGCACAAGGGCAGCCUCAAGAGGAUUUUCCACCCCAAGAGGCUUCAUCUGGGGCAUGUUGCGAGGAGCUUUGGGCUAUCGGAGACCCCGUCGGUGAUCGGAAAAUCCGCGACCAAGGCGGCUGCAGCGCUGAAGAGGAAGCAGCGGGUGCUGGGGCAGCAGCAGAAGAAGCGAUUGCGGGCGGCUACUGAGGCCGAAUGAAGGAGAUCACAGUUUUAUAUUAUCUAUGGCUUGUAUUUUCAAGGCGUUGUAUUCUAAAAUAUAGUUUUUGCUUGUGGAUGGAAAGCAGGGCUGACGUUUCAAAAAAAGGCACUC